AUGCAGGCGGCCAUCGCGCUGUGCCAUUUCUGCGAGACGCACGGGCCACGGGUCGUCGUGACGUGCCAGACGCUGCGAGAUUUUCAACUCGCCCCGCUGCUCAAUUCAGGGCUGGCGACGCCGUGUGAGCCGAGCACCAGCGCCAGCGAUGGUCCCUUUGUCCAAACGGAAGACGUCAGCCGUGUUUAUGGGGUCUGGCCGACGGUGCUGGACGACCCAGAGGAUCGAUGUGAUGCCUGUACGUCGUUGGGGCAAACGAGCUAUCUUCUCUCGAAUGAUCACUCCGCUCGGACCAGUUAUAUCAGUUCCCAGGUAGCCGUCAGCGAGGUUGUUUUCGAUCGAAUCCGCACGGCUUGCCAUCGGUCGCUGAGUUGUGAGGUGGCCGUCGCGCAAGGGGCUCCCAGGCAGCGCUCCAGCUUGCGAGGAACACACGGGCCGCUGCGCAGCGAGACUUCGAUCGAGCACGAGGUCGAGGAGGACGACGGGAAUAUUGUUUUUGGCGAUCCCGAGCACGGCUAUACGCUCGCCCUCACUUUUCGAAUACCCGACGCGAAAGCCCGCGGAUUGAAUCGUCUCUACUCACUGCUGGUUGUCUCGACCGAUCACACGCUUCUCCUCAACAAUCACCACUUUCUGCUGUCGGCGCUGCGGACGAUCGCCGAGAAGAUGAAGUCGUUGGCGAAGGAGACGUACAUCCAAGAAAACGACACGAUGCGGAGGGCGGAAGAGAUGCUUCGGCCCGACAACGCGACCCGGGUGGCCCGAAUUCCGCACAAUAUGCUGUCGCGAAAGAUAACCCUGGACACGAAACGGACGCUGCAGGUCGUCACCGGGGACGACAAGAUUUGGAUACGGCUGCAUCGACACAUGAUGUGGACGUUGCGCUCGCAGGCCAUCCGGAUGGGCGACGUCAUCUUGGAGGGGGUGCCCACGCAGGAUAUGCUUAUAAUGAUGGAAAUGGACGACACGGAGAUCGAAGAGCUCGACCUCGACGCCCCCAAUUCCCACGAUCUCACCCUGCUGCAGCUGCAGAAUCUGAAGACGAUAGCCCUGCUGCUGUCCCGUGAUGGGUCGACGGCCGAUUUGGAUAUGUUGUUGAAGCACAUCGUCACUGGCGGACAGGUAAUCGCCGAAUCGACGAGCCGUCCGCUGUGCCGUCAAUUCUUGCUGUCCCUGACGAAUCUGUUGCCGCUGGGCUGCGCGAAGAUGUGCGGAUGGAGUGACACGCAUCGCCAGCGAUUUCACUACAACCUGCUCGGCGUCCCGCUCGGCACUGAUGUCCCUCUUGAAGCAGAUGGAGUGAUGGUGAUUCGAUUGAUCGCCCCUGAUGAAGAUGACCAUCAACACCAUGAUGGACAGCAGCUCCUCAUGCUCGAUGGUGUUCAGCUAGAGAUUCGUCGUCGCCCACUCUACACGCAACAAAUACCCACCAUCGUCGCACGAUUCAAGCAGUUGCUAUUGGACCCGGAAGUGGCGUACACGGUGUUGGAGACGACGAUCCGUUCGACGCGCGAGCAAUGGGUGGCCAAGGCGAAGCUGUGCUACCAACUGCAGCGCCAGCACGCGAAGAUCCACAUCGACCAGGCCGUCACCAUCGUCAAGGCCAAAUCUCACGACAAGCUGGUGCUGGUGUUCUGGCAGGCGGGUCUCUCUCGUGCCUUCAAAGACUACGUCCGCGAUACGAUACGCGAACAGGAACAGAUGAAGCUCAAGGGACAGCAGCAGCACGAGCAGCAGCACGUCUUC